GGGCCGCUUUGUCAGUUCAGUUUUGUGCGAGCAGUGAGGUUCCGGUGGUCUUGCGGCUUACAGAUUGCAGCAUGUUGCGCUCCUCACAGAUGAAGCAGGCGCUGGCCAAGGCAAUGGCCCGCCCGACCGCCACGCGCGGAUUUGCCGUACGCAGCUCGAAGCCUCUGGCCGGCGUCGAGACGUCGGCGCUUACGUCUAAAUACACGAUCGUCGACCACGAAUACGAUGCCGUGGUGGUGGGUGCCGGUGGUGCCGGCCUGCGCGCGGCCAUGGGCUGUGCCGAGGCUGGCCUGAAGACGGCCUGUAUCUCGAAGCUUUUCCCUACGCGUUCGCACACGGUGGCCGCUCAGGGAGGCAUUAACGCCGCUCUUGGCAACAUGUCGGAGGACGACUGGCGGUGGCACAUGUACGACACAGUCAAGGGUAGUGAUUGGCUCGGAGACCAGGACGCUAUCCACUACAUGUGCAGAGAGGCUCCCGAAGCCGUGCGCGAGCUCGAGGACUUCGGCCUGCCGUUCUCCCGUACGGAGGAGGGCAAGAUCUACCAGCGUCCCUUCGGUGGCCAGAGUCUGGAGUUCGGCAAGGGCGGUCAGGCCCGUCGAACGGCCUGCGCGGCCGACCGCACGGGCCAUGCCAUGCUGCAUACGCUGUACGGCCGUUCGCUGGCCUUCGACACGUCGUACUUCAUCGAGUAUUUCGCUCUGGACCUCAUCAUGAACGACGCUGGCGAGUGCGUGGGUGUUAUGGCCUUCAACAUGGAGGACGGCACGUUCCACCGCUUCCACACUAACAACACGGUGCUGGCCACGGGCGGCUACGGCCGCGCCUACUUCUCGUGUACGUCGGCCCACACGUGCACGGGUGACGGUACCGGUAUGGCUCUCCGUGCCGGCAUCCCUCUGCAGGACCCCGAGUUCGUACAGUUCCACCCUACGGGUAUCUACGGCGCCGGCUGCCUGAUCACGGAAGGAUCGCGUGGUGAGGGCGGUAUCCUGCGUAACUCGGAGGGCGAGCGCUUCAUGGAGCGCUACGCCCCCACGGCCAAGGAUCUGGCCUCGCGUGAUGUCGUGUCGCGUGCCAUGACCAUGGAGAUCCGUGAGGGCCGUGGUGUGGGCAAGAACAAGGACCACAUCUUCCUGCACCUGGACCACCUGCCGCCUGAGCUGCUGCACGAGCGUCUGCCCGGUAUCUCGGAGACGGCCGCUAUCUUCGCUGGCGUGGACGUGACCAAGGAGCCCAUUCCGGUGCUGCCGACCGUGCACUACAACAUGGGCGGUAUUGCUACCAACCACAUGGGCGAAGUGGUGGUGCCGGACGUGGACGGCCUGCCGGAGCCCGGCAAGUUGUACCCGGACAAGAUCGUGCCCGGCUUGUUCGCUGCCGGUGAGGCUGCCUGCGCUUCGGUGCACGGCGCCAACCGUCUGGGCGCCAACUCGCUGCUGGAUCUGGUGGUCUUCGGCCGUGCGUGUGCUCUGCGUAUUGCCGAGCUGACGAAGCCUGGCGAGAAGAAGCGCCCGAUGCCUAAGGACGGCGGCCUGAAGGCUAUUGAGGACGUGGACAAGCUGCGCUAUGCUGACGGCAGCAUCUCGACGGCCGAACUGCGUCUGGAGAUGCAGAAGACCAUGCAGGUGGAUGCGGCCGUGUACCGUACACAGGAGUCGCUGGAGGCCGGUAAGGAGAAGAUCGACGAGGUGGUGCCCAAGUUUAACGACAUCAAGGUGACGGACCGCUCGCUCAUCUGGAACACGGAUCUGACGGAGACGCUGGAGCUGCGUAACCUGCUCGCCUGCGCGUCCUGCACCAUGCACGGCGCUGAGGCCCGUAAGGAGUCUCGUGGUGCCCACGCUCGUGAGGACUUUACGGAGCGUGACGACGUCAACUGGAUGAAGCACACGGUGGCCUACCACGACGACGAAGGCAAGACGCACAUCGCCUACCGUGCCGUGCAGGACCAGACGCUGGACGAGAACGAGUGCAAGCACGUCCCGCCCUUCGCGCGUGUCUACUAAGCCUUGGUCUGCGUAAAAGCUGCAUGGAGUACGGGAUGAGACGUAUUUUACCAUGAACUCGUAACAAAACCAAGAAAAUAAACGUCACAAUUUCUACGAUCGGGUGUCAAAACCAAGCACGUGUGUUGAAUAUUUUUUAUAUUCGAUGGUACAUGUAUGCAAGGUAUGGUUUACCGUACGAAAAUUCGACUUGGUGGUGC